AUGACCGCUCCCUCCAUCAUACGAGACUUCCCCCAUGGGGGCUUGGGUCGAGCAGCAGCAGCACCAGCUGCAGCAGAAGGGCCUGCUGCAUCGGCUGGAGCACAGGCAGGAGAAGUAGCAACACUACACGCAGCAUCAUCCUUCGCAGUGGCAUCUGGACACGGGCGUCGAAGAUACCGUCGGGCUAGGCUUCCGCUGCUGCUUCUUUUUCCUGUUUUUAUUGCCCUCUUCCUGAGUAGCUGGUCGUACGCUGCGGCAGAAAACCCCCCGGACAAUCCUUCUUCUGAAGAUGACAGUAAAGAAUCAAAUGGCGAGCGGAACGGCAAUAAUCCAGUGCCACCAAAACAACCGGGACAGCCGGGUGGUGGUGUUCCUGUUCCCAGCGUUUUUCAGGUGGCUUCUGAGGCCAUCCAUCCUCCCUUGCGCGCCCCUCAACCCAUGCGCUCAGCACCUUCUUCAAUGGGGCACCGCAGCAUCUCGCCAACUAUGCCACGUGAUCGCCGGCCAUCCGGCGCAGGUCUCGCCUCCUCAGGCGCUCUUGUUGUGUCUGACACGCUGCAGCCCAAUACCUUUGGUCGCGUGGGGGCCUCCUUUGGCAAUGUGUUGGUCCUGACAGACGUGGACGACACCUUGUGGUGUUCGGGAUCCAUGGCGGCUUUCGGCAAACACAUCGGGGGCAUCGACGGCGAAUUUGCUCGCGGGCUGCCGUACCCUGGCAUAGGGACGCUUGUGUUUUUGCUCGCCCUGGGGCCCCACACUUGCACCCCCAGCGGCCUGCGCAUCCCUAUUGAUCAUUGCCCGGUGCCCCUUCAUUCGCCACAGACACAAAACUGCCCGUAUGAUGUGCAGCAGCAUUCUCUUCAGCUCGUACUGCCACGGAAGGCUGGUGUUCUCUCUGCAAGAGUCUCCACUUCGCUUUUCGCCCAACUCACGCGCCCUCCCUCUUUCUUCAAAGACAUUGACGCAAUUUUCACUAGCGGUGUGCGGCAACUGUACGGCGCAGGCGCCCCUCGCUGGCCGUUAGGGUAUCAGAAUCAAGUGAAGUUUGCCCAAGUACUGUCUUCGCAGCACUCGCGAGGGGAGGCCAAGGUGUGGGGGUUCAAGGAGGCCCUAAAGAAUGGAGGGCCCGCAGUGGUGCUGGGAGACACGGGGGAGAAGGAUCCAGAAGCUGCUGCAGGAAUGGCUACUAAAUUUCCUGAAUCUCUUGCAGCCGUGUUGCUGCACUCCGUCUUCCUCGACCGACAGAAAGAAUUACUGGCGGGGGGUGGCCAGCUGCGAAAAGAUAUACCAAAGCACAGUAUUCCCUUUAUUAUGAACACAGCUGGCCUCACUUUCCCUGCAGUGCAGUUGGUGUACGAGUUGAUAGUGAAGGUACGAGGGGGCGAGGAGUUGCAGUCUCUCGCACAGCUAAGCGACGAGGUGGCCUAUGCUGCCGGCGUGCAGAUAGCGGCGGAUGUGCGCCAACUGUUCAGAGCUGCAACGCAACAACAGCUUCUGGCAGCAGAGGCCAGGGCUAAUGGGGAGUCUGGCUGGCCGCCGCUCCCACCGCCCAUAGUAUUCGUCCACGUCACGCAGCUGCACACGCAAGUUGUAGAAACUCGGCAAGAGGUCGGCGUAGCUAGCCAGCUUGCUAGCUUCAGCAGCAAGCUUGCCACAAAGGUCGGCAGGUGGUCGGCAAAGAAGUUUUCACAGAAUCCGGAACUCAUCGAUGUAGCAGCUUUCCGUCAACUGGCCGAGGUGCAUCCAGUGUUCCUUCAGUCGCCUGUGCAGCGGGUCUCGCCGCAAGGCGUUCGCUACCCCUUGGGUGUCCCGUUCGCGAGUUACCGCACAGCAGUGGGGGCGGCGUUGGGUAGCUGGGUGCUGGGCAUGCUCACGACGCAAGACGUUAUGUCUACCGUUGUGGCGGCUGUUAGGGAUUUGCGCUCUCUGGGGCCUCCAAACCACUGCUGGCAGAAGACUGCUGUUCACGAGUUGCUUGUCGAUGUCAUGUGCUGCAUCAUUGUUUCAACUGCACAGGCCGUCCAGCACUUUUUGGGUCCGCUAGAACUUCGCACGGAUUUGAGGGGAGCCGAAGUAUUUGGAGAUGCUGUCUCAGCGUUGAAGGCUUUUGAAAAUUUCCACAGGAGGCACUGUGAGCUGCGCGAGCCGGCCACUUCCACUCCUCAGGCCAUAUGCCUGGAAAAGGUAGAGGCGGCGCUUGCAGCGCAUGCAGCGGACGGGGGACCGGCAAACGCUGGACGGCAGCUUUCGCCACUUCUCACACUCCCCUGCCGCUACAGAGAACAGAUGGACCACUGGCUGUCUGCGGGCCCCGAAGAAGUAGAGAGUCUCGCCUUUUUCCUGGGCCGUGCCAUUAUCAUUGGUUCCCCCGCAGCAAGUCUGGUUUAUGCGGAAAGAGAGGGACACGCAGAAUCCCCACAACAAGAACAACAGCAGCAGAACCAACAGCAGGAGCAACAGCAGCAGCAACAGCAAUCGAACUCGAAGAUACCGCCUAAUGACCCCGCGCUGUACAGACUGCAGCGAGACUUGGCUCUUAUGCCGGAGUUGGCUGUUGAACUGCAUACUGGACCUGAUGAGGCCCCAAGUCCUAUUUCUCCGAUCUUGCAAUCGGCAGCUGUGGACAUCCAAACAUCGGAGGAUCUUCGCCUGUUCAUGCCUGAGGAUUAUCGUUUACCCACGGAUUUGGGAGCCAGUGCAGGCGGACAGCAGCAUGGCGGCGGCAACAAAAGAAGCCCCCGGAACAGUCGGACAACAGACAUGGGCGGAGCAACAGAAAAGGAAGGCGGUGGAGGUAGUGACUAUCAUGGGGAUUGCAUGCACUCGAAAUCUUUCCCUGUUAGCGUCUGGCUGGAGAACCUCAGGGUUUUCUGCUCAGGCACCAGAGAUCCAGUAGGCGCAGGUGUUUGCAGCGUUUUGAAGCGGUGGUUAUACGGGCCAGGAGAGCACCAGGGACCCCAAAGCGAUGCGGAGAAUCCCAGGAGGUCAAGAGCUGCCCUGCCUGCACUCAUCCGCGUCGCAGAUUGGAAUACGCAAAAGCCAAAAUCGACUCUGGAAAUAUGUGAGCUGGAUAUUGCUCUCGAGCCGCCCCACAUGAGACCAGGUGCAACUGGUCGUGACGAGAUGGAGAAGGCCCAAGCUUUUAACUUAGUUGGAGGCAUAUACGCAGGAAGAGGAACGGUGAGACACCAGAGGCCGGCUGAACGUGCUGCGUGGCAGCGCGUUAAGGCCGCUCUGACUAUACUGAAGGACAUGGAGCGCAACAACCUGUUCGGAUAG